UUUGAAGAUAUUCACUGACCACCUUAUAUAUUGGUAAAGCUUAAAGAAAUAUUUGGAGAUCAAAGCGCAAGCAGCAGCAGGGAUCCUUGAAAACUUUGAAAACUUGUAGUUUUACAACAAUGGCUGCCAAAUUAUUAUCCGAUCUUGCCUCUGGUGUGACUUGUGUUCCCUCCAACUAUGUCCGGCCUGUACAUGAUCGUCCAAGUCUCGUCAUGCCCCCCGAUCACUCUAUCCCUCUCAUCAAUCUCCACUGUUUCGACGGUUCGAGGCGCCAUGAAAUAAUCAACCAGAUAGGCCUUGCCUGUCAAAAUUAUGGUUUCUUUCAGGUCCAAAACCACGCAAUUGAAGAGGCCGUGAUCGACAACAUGUUGAAAGUAGCAAGGGAGUUUUUUCAUCUGCCAGAAAGUGAAAGGCUCAAGUGUUUCUCCGACGACCCGUUGAAGACCACAAGACUGUCCACCAGUUUCAAUGUCAAAACUGAGGCGGUCUCCAGCUGGAGAGAUUACUUGAGACUCCAUUGCUACCCUCUCGAGGACUACAUGCAUGAAUGGCCCUCCAACCCUCCGUCUUUCAGGGAAGAUGUGGCUGAGUAUUGCAGGAAUGUGAAAGGAUUAGCAGAGAGACUUCUGGAAGCCAUAUCAGAAAGCUUAGGCUUAGAAAAGGAUUACAUGAACAGGGCCUUGGGGAAGCAUGGGCAGCACAUGGCCAUCAAUUACUAUCCGCCUUGCCCUCAGCCGGAGCUGACCUAUGGCUUACCUGGUCAUGCUGAUCCUAAUGUCGUGACCCUUCUCCUUCAAGAUGACGUGGCAGGCUUGCAGGUCUUCAACAAUGGCAGAUGGGUUGCAGUCAAGCCCAUGCCACAUACGUUCAUUGUCAACAUUGGUGAUCAAAUCCAGAUUGUUAGUAAUGAUCGUUAUAAGAGUGUACUCCAUCGAGCAGUGGUGAAUUGCGACAAGGAAAGGGUCUCCAUCCCAACAUUCUAUUGCCCAUCGUAUGAUGCUGUGAUGGAGCCAGCCCCCCAACUUGUUGACAAUCAUCACCCUCCCCUCUACAGGAGCUUUACCUACGCAGAGUUCUAUGAGAAAUUCUGGGACAGAGGCCUCAACACUCGAUCCUCUUUGGACUUGUUUAAGACUACCUCUCAUGCUUAAUCAUUUCAUUAAGCUCUCAAUAAUCUCGUCCCAUGCUGUUGUUGUUGAACCCUCUCAGACCUUCUAAUUACUCGUAUUAAUUAAUAAUAACUACAAUUUCAGUGCUUUGUGGCCUCGUUAUCAUAGCCAUAGAUAUGGUCCAAUAAAUGCAAAGCUCUUUUCAGAGG